AAAAAAUGCAACACCAUUCUCAUCUUCGUUUUCCCCCAAUUCUCCAAUUCUCUCUCCGCCGCAGAAUCUAGCAGACGCUGAACCAGAACGGCGUCGCAAUUUCCGUGCAGAACAGAGACGAUGGAGAAUGUGACGAGCAGUAGCAAGAUGAAGCUGAGGACCACCGUGAACGAGAACGUUUCGCCGCUGCGGAUCGAGUUGGAUGACAGAGGAGGACGCUAUCUCCAACAAACCACGAUGAGUCCACGAUUUCAACCGUACAAGGAGAACAUCAACGUCGGUUCACCGCUCGCGCGGUUACUCUUCGCCGGAUCUCCGAUUUCCGGCAGGUUCGCUACCGCCGUCGAAGCCUUCACUCCUCCGACGGCCCUCAGCAAGUACAGGUCCGCAAGAGCGCACCACUACCUCAGCAGCAGCACGGGGAGCAGCAGCUUCGGGUCUCGCGGCGGCAGAACGUCGCUCUCACCGCUUUCUUCUAUUGAGAAUCUGGACCUCCCGCCGCGCAUGUCGCCGCCGAUGUACGGCACGCCGGUGAAGGCGGAGGAGGAGGAAGUCCUCGUGAUGGAUGAUAUUCCUAUGUCUGGUGGAAAAAGCGGCAAGUCUUCAUCAUCAUCUUCCUCCGGCCGGGCUUCUUCGUCGUCAUCGUCGGCGCCGUCGGGUAAGAGCGUGAUCAAGACGGAGAUUUGCAAAGCGUGGGAGGAUUCUGGAAACUGCCGCUACAACUCCAAAUGCCAGUUUGCGCACGGAAAAGAAGAGCUUCAUCCAGUUCGUUCCUCCAUGAAGAAGACUAAAUCUGAGGCACAGAGGAAGAAGCCAACUACUAGAGCAGGUUCAUCAGGAUCAUGCAACAAUGGCCCAAAUAACCGCAUUGCUCACCAGCUCUAUGCGGCACCUGAAUAUGAACGUGGAGUCACAAGAUCCCAACCAGCUUCACCUGAACCUCACCAUACCCCUUCCUCUUCCAACAACACUCUCAAUGACUGGUCUCCCCUGGAUGAUGGCAUUGAGGUUCUCCUCCCUGGUUCAGAUAAAGCUCCAUCAAGGGAGGAAGUUGAUGCAUACAUUAACAGUCUUCGCAGCGGCCCAACAACCAAAAAGAGACUAUCAGUAUUUGCAGCACUUUCCGAAGAGGAGGAGUAAUCUCCAUGGUUGAUAAAUCUCCUCACUGAUGGCAUAUACUCUCAAAAGUAAAAAAAACCAUAGUUUUGCUUUCCUUAUCAUUUGACUAAAAUUUCCCUACCUUAAUAAAUACAUUCUUUUAUGGGGUAUAAGGUAAAUAUACCAGUGACUACCAGUUUUGUACAUACACUUCAGAAUAAUACUUCUAGUUUGAUUGAACAAUUACCUUUCUAAUUCUCAAAUCAGACAAUAAUUGAGGGAUGGUACACCUGCAUCUACUAGUAUCCUGGAGUAGCUUCUGGCUUCAUUACCUCUAGACAUUUCUUUUAUCUUAAUCUACUUCCUGCAUAUGAUUAGCAGGAAUUGAAAUUGCAAGCAGGUUUUGAU